GGGGAUAUGGGGGCAACAAGCAAGACGCUUGUGGGCUAGAGUCUUCCGCAGAGAAGGCUAUCUAUGAAUUUACACAGCGAAUCUGCCAAUUGCCCCACUUACUGAAGGAGUCCACACGACUUCCACCAACAAAGCCCUGCUUGAAUGUGGCCUGGGAGACGACCGGCCAGCGCAGUUUUGAUGUGAAGGUAAAGCCAGGCUUUUUACUGGAAGACCUGUCAACAGCAAGGGGCUCGUCGAAGGUCUCCUCCAACAGUUCUGAAAGGGCAGACCCGGAGGUUACGAACGAGGAAUGUCAUUUGGAUGCGAAAUUGGAUGGACUCGAGGAACGACUGUUGGGCUGCCAAUUUGGGCAGUGGCGUCUGCGAAAACGCCUGGGUCAGGGCAGCCAGGGUCGGGUCUACGUGGGCCGUGACGCAACGGGGGAUUUUGCUGUGAAGAUAACUCAGCUCAACAAGAAGCACGUCAAAGAUCGCUUCCAUCGAGAGGUGGAGAUCAUGAAGCUUCUGUCUCACAAGAGCAUUGUUCAGCUAGUGUCCGUUCACGUGGAGAAACAGCUGGCUGGUCUGGUUUUAAACUUAGCUGAAGGUGAUCUGCUGCAAGCCGUUUCGAACAGCGAAAAGCGCAGACUCAAAGAGAGCGAGGCAAGGCAUGUCUUCAAGCAACUUGCAGAUGGCGUCGAGCACAUGCACAGCCAUCAGAUUAUCCAUCGAGACUUAAAGCUCGAGAACAUCCUCAUCAAUUCCAGAGAGGAGGUUGACGAUUGCAAGCUCUAUGAGGUGAAGAUCACUGACUUCGGUUCCUCCAGCAUUUGCGAUGGCGAUGGACACCAAGGGAAGUCCUUUGCCAAGGGCCCUGUGGGUACACCGCCGUACAUUGCACCUGAGCUUCUACAUGGCGGCUGGCAUGGCUUCCCGGUGGACGACUGGAGCCUGGGCAUUUCACUUUUUGUGAUGCUCAACGGCUACUUUCCUUGGAAGGACACAGCACCAGAAACCUGGACGUUCGACAGGGAAAAGUCUCGGCACCUUUCCGAAGAGGCGAAGGACCUGAUCUGUCGGUUUCUGCACUUGGCCCCAGCAGAGCGAUUGACCGUGGCCAACAGCAGAUCACAUGCCUGGAUGACUCCUGGAUGA